AGUGUGUCUGUUAGAACAAAACACAACCCCCACACCGUUGCAUCGUGCUGUCAGGCAGGACAACUGGACUCGACUCUGUCAUGUCUAUCUUUGUGAUACUGGGACUGCUGGUCUGCAUAGAGGCACAAGAGCCCAGUGCUGUGACUCCUGUGUUUGUCCAGAAGGGAGAGGAUGUGCUUCUAAAUGUCACCACAGCUGAUGUUUCUACAGAAGAUAUGGUUUUCUGGAGAUUCAAUAAAACAGUUAAUAUAGUACGAUUUUUAGCUGGUACAGAAACAAUCUUUGAUGACUACUCUGGAAGGAUUGAGGUGCUUGAGAACUAUUCUGUGAAAUUGAAGAAUCUACAAGAGGCAGACAGUGGAGUUUAUACUGCAGUAGUGUCUGGGGGUAAAGAAAAAACAAUAACUGGAUACAAGGUCACAGUCCAAGAUCCAGUGUCUCCAGUUAAACUGUCAGUGGACUCUGUGUCUAACAGCUCAGACUGGUGUAACCUGACAGUGAGCUGCAGAGCAAAGGACUCUCACAUUAGCAGCACCUUUAGAUGUGACACCCACACCUGCAGUCAGGAAGGAGGAGAGAGACUACAGGUCCCACCCUCUGAUGCUGAUCUCCAUGUCUACCUGUCCAAUGGCUCCAUCAUCUGUAACCAUAGCAACCAGGUCAGCUGGAAAAAGGACAUGAAACCAAUUAAAAAUGUCUGCCCCCGACUUGCUGGUCCAGAGAGUGUCUCUGCUGGUUUCUCUGUGUGCCUGCUGAAGACAGCCGUGUUGUCCGUCGGUCUGAUCAUCAUGGUGGCUGCUGUCAUCACUGUUCACCUCAUGGAGAAGCUCAAGAAGCACAAAUAAAAACUUAAAGUUAAAGGUACGCUGUGCAGCUUUUGACCACUAAUAGCACCAUGGAGAAGUUUUUUUUUUUUUUUAAUAAGAGUCCCUGUUUUGUUUGUUUUGUUAAUGCACGAGCCAUCAGAGGGACGUUGUACAUUCCAGCCACUGAUGUCAUGCUGUUCCACUGAUUGACAGUAGGUGGCAGUAACACACCAAUAAAUUAACCAACAAAGGAGAGGCGGUAGAACGCUGCAAGCCAGACAACAUGGAUGCAAACAAUGUAAAAUUAAAAAAAUAUUUGUACAAAAUAUGGGGAAAAUGUAUUUCAACUCAUUUGUAAAGCGUAAAUGAUACUUUAAAUGCAAUUUUAGUUUUAGCAAAGUAUAACAAGAAAACUCCACAUGGCACAUUUUAUGCAAAUUCUUAUGAUUCUUAAUUAUCCAUUGAUUAUACCCAAUAAUCACUGUGAUCACUUUGUAAAUACAAUUAUUGUACAAAAUAUGUUCCAAAAUAUUUUAGGAGCAUGUAAUCUCCUUAAUAAAAAACAUUUACAUUUAUAGAUAUAUUUAUAUACAUGUAUCUUUAUACAUUUAUAAAUAUAAAGAUACAAGAACUAGUCUUGAUGUAACCCUGAAUGUUAUUAACAAUGUUCUAACAAUAUAUAUGUGUAUGUUUAUAUGUACAGUAUGUUAUUAGUUUUUAUUUAUCUUUGGGUGACUGCAGUUUCUGCUACAUGCACCAUUAUCCGAGAUUUAUUAAAGCUAUACUCAUAAUAUUUUGUGGUGAUUUUGUGAAUUCAUGGAAAGAUCACGGCCACUGACUGUCACUGUCCCGUUUAAAUCUGUGAACAAAAUUUGGGAAAAUAUUAAUCCCAACACAUUUGUAAAGCUUCAAGGUUUUUUACAAUGCAAUUUGGCAAGUACAUCAUCUUGUAAAUAUUGUCUAUUUCUGAGAAAACUCCACAGGGCACCUUUAUUACAAAUGCUGAUAAUUCUUGAUUAUUCAUUGAUUAUACCCAAUAAUCAAUGUCCUCACUUUGUAAAUAAAAUGAUUGUUUGUUUAUUGUUUAUUAUUGUUCAUUAAAAGGAUCCCUAUUAGCUUAUGCCGUAGCAGUCAGCUACUCUUCCUGGGGUCCACACUAGACACGCAAUACAAGAUUACAUCACAUUAUA